CCUCCAUCCACGAUGAAUCUCUCCUGGACAAGUACUGGCAAGAUUUACUCAGNNNNGGAAAGAAAAAGUACGGGAACUUACCGUUAUGAAGGGCUCAAUCGAGAGAUAGUGAAAUCAGCUUCUACUG